AUGAUGCAGCAAAGAGAUUUCUAUGGGAAUGAUUACAUAUACAAACAUAUCAAAUAAGUAAGUUUACAGGAGUUUACAGAUUAAUUAUUCAAUCCCAUAAGGUAUUAAAAAUAAAUGGUUAUAUUUACGCAGAAUGAGCAAAAAGAAUAACAGGAAUUGUAUAAAUAUUAUGUCUAUUUGGGAGGAGGUGUCUUUGCAGCAUCUACUUUAUCAGUUAUUCUCUAUAAAAAAAUUCCUUUCCUUAAUAGGAUCGAGAAAAGAUGGGCAAGAUUAUUAACAAAAGCAUUACUACUGUUUGGGCCACUUCAAGUGAAAUCUAUUUUUGGUCAAAAAGCAUAAUAUGAAUUACUAGAUAGAUAGUUUAUAUAAUAUCAUAGAUAAUUAUAAGAUUAUAUGUUCUCUGGGGACAUUAGAAAACUUAAACUUGAUAUCCAAAUAAGUCCUGUAUGA